AUGAAGUUUGCCGCCUGCCUCGUCCUCAUGGCCAUCGCCAUCAACACCGCCCAUGCUGAAAGCCCGACCAUGACAAAGGAUUUACUCACCGGGUCUAAGUCGAAGCCAGCAUCUGAAGAAGGCUCUGCUGAAGAGACCCCGAAGUCGUACUGUCCCAACAUCAUGUGCCCUGCCGUGUACCAACCCGUGAGUGACGAGAAUGGUGUGAUGUACCCUAACAAGUGCUCUAUGGAGGCCGCAAAGUGCAAGGGUCCGAGAGAAAAUCCCUUGGACGAAUACAAGCGAAUCUACGGCAAGGAGUUUGGCGCCCCCCGUGAUGAGGACUCUGAGAAGGCUAGCAAGAAAUGUGCGAGCGCCUGCCCCGACGUCGUUUUGCGCGUUUGCGGCUCCGACGGUGUCUGGUACUCGAACCCGUGCGAGCUCAAGAUCGCUGCCUGUAAGAACCCAGAGCAGAACAUCGUGGAGGAGGAAGGCGCGUGCAGCUCAAAGAAGACGGCUAACAACGACGUCCUGUAA